AUGUCUGGAAUGUUGCACAAAGUUAAGGAGGCUGUUACUGGCCAUCACGACUCGACCUCCAACACCACCCAUACCAGCACCGGCACCACCGAGAACUACAAAUCCUCCAACCACGGCCCUCACAGCUCCAACAUCGCCAACAAGCUUGACCCUCGUGUCGAUAGCGACCGUGACAACCGUGCUGGUCAUCACACUACUACAACUACUGGCCCCGGUGGCACGGCUACCACCCACUCCAGCACCCAUGGUCCUCAGCAAGCUCCCGUUGGCGCUGCUGGCGGCGUAGAUGCUCCAUUCGGCACAACUGGACAUACUGGUUCCCACUCUACCAAUGCUGGCCCCCACAGCUCCAACAUCGCCAAUAAAGUUGAUCCCCGCGUCGACUCCGACAGAGACAACCGCGCUCGUCACGAAGCUCUGGGCGGUGCUCAUGGCCCUCAUUCGUCCAACAUGGCCAACAAGGUCGACCCCCUUGUUGACAGUGACCGAGACAACCGCGCCGCCGGUCUUGGAGCUACUGGCACCAUGGGUACUCCUGGUGCCUACACCUCUGGAGCCAACCACGGUUACGGCACUGGCACUGGCACUGGCACUGGCGCUGGUAUUGGCACUGGCACUGGUAUUGGCACUGGCACUGGUAUUGGCACUGGCACCGGCCUUGGCCACCAUGGUACUACUACCUCCACCGCUGGUCCUCACAGUUCCAACCUCGCCAACAAGGCCGAUCCCCGUGUUGAUUCCGACAUGGACAACCGUGCCCGCCACCAGGGUCUUGCCAGCAGCAGCUACAACACCCCUGGCGGUAGCGCCACUGCGGGGCCCCAUAGUUCCAACCUUGCCAACAAGCUUGACCCUCGCGUCGACUCCGACUUGGAUAACCGCCACAACGUUGGUACCCAGCGCCAUAUCUAA